AUCCAACGUAAUAGGUGCAUUACCGCUACGCGAGAUUUACCAGUGACGAGAUUCGAGGCUUUGUCCAAAAUACUGUAUCACAAGUAUUAUUUCAUUAAAAGUUGCAGCAUGUGUGCAGUACAUGUCUGCGCACUGUAAAGAUGGCAGCGUUAGCGGUGGUUGAGACUCCAUCAGGAAAAGAUGCUCUUGCUGGAGGCUUGCUGGAUCUCUUGGAACCAGCAGUGCAGCAGCUUGACUUACACGUGCAUUCAGUCAGGGAAAGUCAAGUAGAACUUCGAGAACAUAUUGACAAUUUGGCAACCGAGUUGUGUAGGAUCAACGAACACCAGAAGGUGGCACUUGAUUUAGACCCGUAUGUUAAAAAACUUCUUAAUGCAAGGCGAAGAGUGGUGCUUGUCAACAAUAUACUUCAAAAUGCACAGGAACGUUUGCGAAGGUUGAACCAUAAUGUUGCUAAGGAGACGGCACGUAGGAAGACCAUGCUUGAGGCAUCUGGAGCAUUUUCCCCACGUUCUCCCAGCAAACCGUGAUGUCCGAAAUCUCAGAAACUAGGAAUGCAGCAUUCCUCAUUGCCAUGGACAUUGCUGUAAAAUUGCAGAAUCUUUCCUUCAUUGUUGAAAGGCACUAGGCUAUGGCUGCAACACCACCCUACUAUAUUGAUGCUGUAUGAGUUUAAGUUUUAGGAAGUCAGUGACAGCAUUUUAUAUAAUAUAUGGAUUCUUUUCCUAGCGGAAAUGUGAUGUUUAUCAAAUUAUUGAUUUAGAGUUUAAAUAUUUAUGGUAAUUUAUCAGUACUGAAUGGAUCUGCUGUCUCUGUCUGCACCUUUAUGCAGUUAUUUUCUGCCACUAAUAUAUUGGAUAUUUCAACAGUACAUUUGUAGAAAUAUUGAGCAAUCCUUCAAAACAUUACUAAUCAAACUUUGUUUUCAAAAACUUUGUUUGAUUAGUGGUCUUAGAUGUUUAAAAGACUGUACAGUAUACCUCCAACUGAUUUUUUUUUGCUUCUUUAGUUUAUAAUCAUAACCUUAAUCAUUAUGUAGGUUGAUGUUGCAAGUCACUAGUCAUAUUAAUUAAAAUGAGAUCUGUUAAUAUGCCAUUUUAAGGGAAAAAUGAUCUCCUCCAGGCAUCCAUGGCAUUCCAUUGCAUUAUAAUUAAAUCAGUAGUAAAAUCUUAGGUGUAUACAUUUCUUAUGUAAGUAAGGAAUGCUUUGUAAUAGGAGAGGAGAAAGGGCAGUUGAAGGUGACCUCUUGUUUUAUCUGAAAGAGAGAGUUAGGAAAAGAUUUCAGGACAGGUGAAAGGUCAAGGGGGAAUAUGUUUAAGAGGAAGUUGGAAUCAUAUGAGGGGCCUCCUAAAAAGUCACUGUUGAUGAGAGAUUAAAGACAGAUUUUGGAAUUCACUUCACUACAACAACGCUAGUAAAUGAGUUAUUUGAAGGCCUUUAUCUUAUGUAGUGAAAUGUUACAAUUGUGACUUUGGUAAUAUCCCAUUAUUUGAAAUAUGGAUAUUAUUGUGAGCCUCUGUUGCUAAUAAGUAUGCAUUGUCAUGUUAUGUGUAAGUCAUUAUGUAAUUUGGGGGUAAUUGUUAUAUUUUAAAUUCAAAUUGUAUUGUAAUAAUUUUAUUUGAAAGUAUUAAAGGCAACU